AUGUCGAUUACCCAGAGUCUCGAAUGGUCGUCGUGCGGCAAUGCCACCUACGCCGCUCCCUUCAAUGGCGGAUACAAUGCACAAGUACAUACGCACUACUACACUACCACCGUCGCCCUGAUGGAGGAUGCCCUUGUUAAUGAAGGCUACACCUCGACAGGCGACGCCGGCUGGGCCUUCACGACCCAGAACCCUGCGACUUAUGACGACUUGUUCACCAUCAGCGAGACGGAGCGGGAGGAGGCCAUCGCGAACGGCUACGUGUUCGAGAACAUAGCAGCCUAUGUCUAUGCGACACAGAUCUGCAGCAGCAUCCCGCUCUACCGCCUCUAUCAGCCUGUGCUCCACGACCAUUUCUAUACCAUCGACCCAACCGAGGUCCACACCACGGCGACGACGCAAAAUUAUGUAGAGGAGGGGAUCGCAUGUUACGUUCUGCCGGACCCGACCGACUAA